GUUGGUUCACCUGGCCAUUAUUCACUGUGUCCCAGCUGUGGCACUCUGCUGCAUUGCUCAGCUGCCCAGAGAGGUGCUGGAGAUCCAAAAUGAUCUUUUCCAGACCCCUCUCCACCUCGCUGUGUACCUGGAGCAGCCCAGCGUGAUCCAGGCACUGAUCCACAAGGGAGUCAACCCCGGGCUGCAGGACCGCAAUGGGAACACUCCGCUGCACCUGGCCUGUGAGCAGCAGCGGCUGCAGAGCGCCCAGCAGCUGCUGCGGGGCACAGCCCUGACGGAGGGCACGGCCCAGCCCCAUGGGCACCACCAGGACCUGCAGCUCCAGAACUGGCAAGGCUUGGCCUGUCUGCACAUCAGCACCUUGAAGGGGAACAUCCCAAUGAUGUCUCUGCUGCUGGAGAGCGGAGCCAACAUUGAUGUUCGGGAGGGCACGAGUGGGAAGACCCCAUUGCACCUGGCCGUGGAGUGCCACAACCGCAAGGCUGUCCAGUUCCUGCUGCACAACGGCGCAUACGUGGAUGCCCAGAUGUACAACGGGUGCACCCCGCUCCACCUGGCUGUGGGCCGCAAGGAUGCUGCCAUUGCUGCCAUCCUCUCACAUUCCGGGGCUGACACCUUGCUGAGGAACAUGGAGAAUGAGACAGCCCAGGACCUGGCUGAUGGCAACGACGAUCUCCUCGCCUUGCUGCCCUUCGAUGACCUGAAGAUCUCGGGAAAGCCUGUUGUGUGCUCUGAAUGAGCGGCUGGGGUC